AUGGCGGCGGCUGUGACCAUCAUUGACCUUCCUGGAGGGGCUUCAUCUUGGGAGUUCGGCAUCGGCAAGCGGGACCGGCGGAUGACAAGGUCAUCUGUGUGGCGUAUGUGUGCUGUUGUAAUGGAUGGUGGGCUUUUUUCUGGUGGUUUGGGUGCAGGAUUUGCUCUUGUGUUUCAAGUUGAAUACUGGGGAGAUGGAGGAGAUGUGCCACGGCAGGCUACUGUGGUGGUGAGAUUCAGGUCUAAGUCGGGCCUGUCUGAAGAGCAAGAAUAUAAAGCUUUUGAGCUUAGGCACAUGAAUCAAGCCCCCAGAAUCCGAUGGUCUACUGAGCCAGUUUUAUGCUUGGCGAGGAAGGGUGGAACAGUGAACCUUGCCACACAAUGGCAGCCCCUUCGCCUGAUGACCUUUUCCAAUCACGAUGACCUCCCGUCGCUGCUGAAGGAAUUGGAAACAGUACUGGAGGAAUUGUGAUCUAUGGCAAGGGUGAUGGUGUCUAUGGAUGGUGAUGAAGGGUGACGAGUCUAAUGUCUUUCGUCAAGACAUGCAACAAAGUGAAGUUAUGAAGUUCUGGUCAAUUUAGCUUAUGCAUAAUGCUUGGACCAUUAGAUCUUAGUUACUAUUUUGUUUUGCAUUUCAAACUUCCUAGAUAGAUCAUGGUGAUCAGUGUAAUUUUGAUGCAACUCUUCUGAUAUUCUGAAAGGUGUGCUAAAUAUAAUAGUUUAUGUUUCUUGGUCA